UUUUUUUUCUGAAAAACUCCUUCUACUUUCCUUCUUUUCCCUCUUUACAAUAUGUCUGAAGGCUCACCUAUGGAAGUGGACGGCGCUCCUCAAAUGUCUCCUGAAGAAAUCAAGAAUUUGGCCAACGAACAAUACAAGCAAGGCCAUUAUGAUGAGGCCGUCAAGCUGUAUACUCAAGCCAUUGAUGCUUCACCAAAAACAUCCACAUACUAUAACAACCGUGCUGCUGCUUUAGUGAUGCAAAAGAAAUACAAAGACGCAGCCAAUGAUUGUCGUAGAGUUCUUGAAUUAGAUCCUCAAAACGUAAAGGCUUAUUUACGAGCUGGUAAAUGUCAUCUUAACUUGGGCAACUUGGAAGAAGCAGGUCGCCAACUCAAAAUGGCAUCUGAAAUUGAUCCCAAUAGCACACAACGUGACUACAACAACUUGCAACACGUAUACAACUACAUGAACCAGGUAAACACAUUUAUGGCCAACAAUCAAUGGGGUCUUGCCCGUAAUAGUCUCGAUCGUGCUAUCGCAUUUGUUGAUGCUGAUGUGCUGCCUUUGAAAUGGAGAGUGUUACAAGCCGAGUGUGCUUUGGGCGAAAAGAAUUAUUCUGAAGCUAGCCGUAUUGUGAAUUCACUCGUUCGUCUCGAUAGCCAAAAUCCUGAUGCAUUGUACCUUCGUGCUCGUGUAUUUUAUGGUCAAGGUGAUAAUCAAAAGACAGUAGCCCAUUGUCAAGAAGCGCUUCGUUGCGACCCUGAUUUUGCAAAAGCUCGUGCCUUACUCAAGACAGCCCGUUCAAUUGAAAAACAAAAAGAAGUUGGUAACAACGCUUUCAAGAGUGGCCAAUUAGAUGAAGCUUAUGAAGCCUAUACUGCUGCAUUGGAAAUUGAUUCUAGCAACAAUCACAUGAACGCACGUCUUUAUUCUAACCGUGCUGCUGUGCUGCAGAAACAAAAGAAGUUUGAAGAAGCAUUGCUUGAUUGUGAUAAAGCCAUUCAAUUGGAUGAAGAGUUUUACAAGGCUUACAGUAGACGUGCAGGUUGCUAUAUGGAAACUGAACAGUACGAGGAAGCUGUUAGAGACUAUAGAAAAUUAACUGAAGUAGAUGCAGGUAACAGAGAAUACCACAACUUAUUACGCAAAGCAGAGCUUGAAUUAAAGAAAUCACAACGCAAGGACUAUUACAAAAUCUUAGGAUUAACUAAAUCAGCAUCAGAAAGCGAAAUCAAAAAGGCUUAUCGUAAACUCGCUCUUCAAUACCAUCCAGAUAAGAACGCAGGUGAUGUUAAAGCAGAAGCUCGAUUCAAAGAAGUGGGUGAAGCUUAUGCCAUUUUAAGUGACUCCGAAAAGAAGGCUAGAUAUGACUCGGGUGUUGAUUUAGAGGGUGGUAUGUCUGGUGGCUUCCCUGGUGGAGGCAUGGGAGGUGUCGAUGUAAAUGAUAUCUUUGCCCAAAUGUUUGGUGGAGGCGGAGGUAUGGGUGGAUUCCCUGGUGGUGCUGGUGGGUUCCCUGGUGGCGGAUUCGGUGGUGGCGGCGGAUUCCCUGGCGGUGGUGGCAGACGUCAACCACCUGGUGGAUUCAGCUUCCAUUUUGGAUAGAGAAGAAAAAGCAAUUAUCAUACACGUACAUACUCUCAUUUCUCAUUGUGAUGCCUUUUUUUUUCUAUAAAUUAUUGUCUAAUGAUCACCCAUUUAUACAUGUAUAUUUUGUUUAUAAAAAAGAAUUGAUAGAAACAUACCAUUUGAAGAGAACAUACAAAAAAAGAACAAAGUUUUUACACAAGUG